AUGCCCGUCACUCGUACACAAUAUUCGACCGAACGCCACGACCCCUUGGCAUCUACACCCACCAGCAGGAAGCAUAUGCAUAGGAGCAAUACCAGUGCGCUCCCUACGAACAGGACCAAUACAAACAGGACAAACAGAGCUACACAUGGACGAAGUCGCCCACAACAGCACGAUACACCAAUGGUAGUUCCGUCAGCUCAUCCAGAAGGCCAGCUGUGUACGUGGCCCCAUACACACGCAUCUACUGGGGCAUCCGCUUCUGCGGCGACACAGCACUUGCAGGUACCCCCGCCGUCCGUGCGCUCGGUAUAUAACACCGAACCCCGGGCGAGCGGCGCACCUCAUAGCGAGCCCGCUGGAGGCAUGAGCAGCACACGAGGGACUGCUCAUCCCAACACCGUGCCCCGGGUCGAUAGACAGAACACGGGGAGCCGGCAGAGACGAAGCGAACCAAACGCACAAGGCCCACGCACGGCCCCUUCUAUGGCGGCAACAGGGACUCGUUUGCCCCCAGGGAUCCGCGUAUACCGCGUAUACGUGAUCAAGAGGGUCUGCACGCGCCAGGAGUGGCUCGGUCGGCCUUGGCGGGAGGAUCAAACUGUGGGCACAGAGCGUUGA